AUUGUUUUUGCUUUCGAAUUCCAACUCGUCUUUGGUGGUUUCUCUCUAAUAAUUGCACGGGUAACAUCAGUUAAUUGAAGUUUCUCAACUCCCUCUAAUACGCUUGUAAGACCCAACUGUGAGCCCUUAUUUAAUGUCUGGAUUUUUUGACGCGUGAAAUUACGAUCCAUUUAGUAAUAUCAACGCAGAAAUCUUUCUCUGUCUCCAUAUCUACCUAUCUGUCCAUCUAUCUAUCUAUUUCUUUGUCUAUCUAUCUAUCUGUCUGUCUGUGUAUGUUGAGACUUUGACAUUAAAUUACUUCUCAACUAAAUUUAGUUAUCGUGUUGGCGACGUCAGAUGUUGAUAUCGGUAUUAAAAUAAUCGUUUGACAAUUAAGCCAUGGAGAAAAUAGCGAAUGACAUCAGACUUUUAUUUGACAGAAAAGCUGUUGAUUUGGCAAGUAAGGAGCCCGAUAUAAGUCGUACAAACAGCCAGUAUGUCCCUGUGGUGAAAAAAACAGUAGGCUACAUAGUAUGUGGAAUAAUUUUUGAUAAUUUGAAUCAAGUUCUUAUGAUGCAAGAAGCUAAAUCUUCAUGCUUUGGAACUUGGUAUGCACCUGCUGGUAGGGUGGAACCUGGAGAAAACUUGACUGAUGCUGUGAAAAGAGAGGUUUUGGAAGAGACAGGCUUGUUGUUUGAUCCUCUUACCCUUAUCUGUGUUGAAUUUGGUUCUGGUCGUUGGUACCGGUUUACAUUUACAGGGAAAACUGUUGGAGGUUCUUUAAAAGAUUCUUCUCGAAGUGACAGUGAAUCUCUGCAGGCAAAAUGGAUUUCAUAUAGUGACAUCAAAACUGGCAAAAUUAGGUUGCGGUCAAAGGAUAUCCUCCCUCUACUAGAAUUGGGGUUGCAAUACAAGAAACGUAGCCCUGAAAGUUGUCAUGGUGAUUGCCUUCCUGUUCAGAUACCCCACAAACGUUUAUUUCUAAGAAUGGUAAUUGCAGUGAAGACAGACAGUGAUGUGAAGUUAUUGGUCAAGUUAAAUACACUUCCAUAUCUCCCUGUCACUGAUAUCGCUCCUGAUGACUGGUCCCUGUUCAUGUCUGUUUUUUUUCUUCUAAGAGAUGCUUUUGGUCAACAUAGUAUGGAACCUAAAAUUUGUGGUAUUUUAUCUGUGGAACAUUGUGGUCUUCCAGCAGCUGUUAAUGAUGGCAUUUGUUUAACGUGUGUGUUUUCUUUGAAUUCAUCUGAUGAGGAGCAACUGAACAAGUUUGUCAACCAGAACUACCAAUGGUAUUCUGUCAGUGAUCCUGAACUUAAGAAUCUACUCCUUCAUUCUUUAACACCAGGAAUGUCUGUGCCACUUAUUGAUCUCCAUUCUUACUAAAUAGUACUAUUAUCUGCCAUCUGUUCCCUACUGCAGUUAGCAAGUCUCACAUUUACCCACAACAAAGUUUAAUUCAUGAUUGAUAAUCUUCUGGAAUUUGUCAACACGUACACUUGCUGCACAAUUAAGAGGAAUGGAAGUUCACACAGAAAGUAUAGAUUCAAACUUAAAGCAAAGUGACAAAUCAUUUUGAUUACAGAAUGGAAAAAAAGGAAUAUCAAGGAAUUCAGUGAUGAACAACAAAUACUAAUUUUAUUUUCAUGUCCACACCAAUGAACUUGUAUGUAAAUAAAUAAUGGAUGGAGUUGAUUUUUAAGAUCUACUUCCUCCCACCCAUCCCAUAAUCCAUAAUAAGUGGAAUAAGGUGAAGUGGUAUGGUGUGUGAUAAUUAACUGAAGACCAGUGAACAUCUUUUAAGUUACUAAUUGAAAGCAUAAAAUACUUCCGUGGCCGUCAUUGUUUUCUUCCCGAUGUUACUGAUGAAACCAUCAACUGUUUUUACUGGAAAACAAUAUAAUGUUAUUUAUCUUUUAUUUUGCUAAGAUCUGUCAUAUGAUACUGUGUGUAGAAGUAGAUGAUGGUGUGUUUUAAAGGAUUCAUUCUGCCAAUAAAAAUCCAUGCACUGGUUGUAACACUCUUUAUUCAAUGACUUAUCAAAUACCCAGGGAAUUCAUUGAGAAGGUUACAGAUGUGUAACAAAUGACUUUCACUUAUUGAUUAAGACAACCAAUGUGUCUAUUUUUAUUUGUACCCUUCUAAAAUGCAUCAAGACAAUUGUUAAUCCUUAACAAAAACAGGGAAAUUUCUAAAGAAAUCUUUUGAAAUUUGCCAAAGCUGUUUCCAUGUCUGGGGUAACACUGCUUCUCUACACGGACAGCUUAGCUUACCACUAAAGAAAAGCCACUCAGCAGAUUGGUACAAAGUCUCUUUCCCUAAUGUGUUCCAAUCUCUGUCUCACAGAUGUCACUUCUAAAGUGUGACACAAGGGACACAAACAAGUUUCUUGCUGUUGAGAAAAUACCUUGGAUGGAGCUGGAAAGUGAGAUAAAGGUAGUGGUGUCAAUGUGUCUGAGUGUAUCCUCAAGAUGCAAGAAGGUGAAUAGAAGAGUGAUGGAAGAAUCAGUGAUAGGGAGAUGAGGGAAUGGUGGGAAAGGCUUGACAGAAAUAAAUUGGUCAAGGGGGUCACUUUUGUGUGUACACAUGAUCUUUCCAGGCCCUCAUAUAAACAGAUCUUUUCAAUCACCACAUAUCACCAGACAUCUCAGCUCUUUGUCCUCUCAAAAUCCUGAGAUCCCCUUUCACUACUUUGUCCCAUGCUUCUUUGGGUUUCAUAAAAGUUUAAUAUUUUAAUUUAUUUUAUGUGAUCUGUCAUGAUUUUUUAAUGUUUUGAUUUAUGUCAUAUAUUUUGGAUACUUCUGUUUAAACAUUACAAUUUGGAUGUUAAAUGUGAUAAUGUAUGGCGUAAACACUUAUUUAAAAUAAAAUUACAUGUUUAUGAGUU